CAGUUGUAAUCAGUUGCUAUUUAAAUAAGAUACCACAUAUGACCUUGAAACUGAUACUACCUGUAAAUUGUUGAUAAUAAAAUUAUUCACUAUAGUUUUAGUUGGAAUAGAAACUAUUUAAGAAAUGGCUAGCGGGGACAGAUUUAAAGACAAGGUUGCUAUAGUUACAGGCGGUUGUUGCGGUAUUGGUCGUGGAUGUGUUGAUGUAUUUGCCGAUCAUGGAGGGAAAGUUGCUGUACUGGACGUGAAUGAUGAAGAGGGGGCAAAAAUAGCAAACGAGAACGUAUUUUUUAUACACUGCGACAUGAACAGUGAGGACGAAAUUAAGAAAGCGAUUGAAAAAGUGGUAGAAAGAUACAAGAAAAUUGACUGCCUGGUGAACAAUGCUGGCACACAUCCAGGGAACAAGAGCAUUGAUGAACUAAGCGUAGACAGUUUUAGAGAUCUUCUUAACUUAAAUCUUGUCAGUUACUUUGCAGCAUGUAAAUAUGCACUCCCCUACUUGCGCAAGACUAGUGGAAGUAUUGUGAAUAUUACAAGCAUCAGUGGUCAUUCUGGCACCGCAAACUCGCCGUCUUAUUGUGCAACGAAGGGCGGUGGAAUUUCUUUAACUAAAGCCCUUGCAAUAGACGAGGCUAAAUACGGAGUUCGAGUUAAUGCGAUAUCGCCAAGUGCAGUAAAUACGCCAUUGUACCGUAAACAUAUUUCAUCCGGUGGCGAGGCAGAAAAGACUAAUGAAAUAGUAGCGUCUUAUACUUUGCUCAAUCGAGUAUCGGAGCCAAGAGAAAUGGGGAUGGCAUGUUUGUUUCUGGCUGUAGAUGCUACAUACACAACUGGCGCAGAGCUGAUGUGUACUGCUGGUUCAGAAAUAGGAUAUGGCGUCAAAGGAAUGAGCUUUGUCUAACUGUGGUGCUUUCAGUUCUCAGUUAUCAUUUACUGUUGACUUAACACCAUUAUAACUAUUAGAAAGAUGAUGAAAUAACUUUUGAUUUAUUGAUAAAAGAGUGCUUAUUAAAAUUGUGUCUUGAUCAUGUUUGAAGUAUCCAAAUAUCCAAUUCAACAGGCCCACAGUAUAAUUAUGAACAAGUCUAAUUCCUGUCAUCACAUAAAGUCUCACAAGAAGGGUGCAGUGAUCGAAAGUAACAAGUGCUUGCAAACGCAAAACAGUGUACAAAUAGAAAUGUAUAGGCUUGCGAGACAGGGCACAGUUACUGUUGGUCGAUUAUCAUUCUUGAAACAGGGCAACAAAUUAUAGAAAAAAAUAAAGAGAUGUAAUUUGUUUUGGUUGCAUUUGUUGACCAACUUGUUUUGUUUGAGGGGUUUAUGCAAAAUUAAUUUAACAGAAAUCUAGAUACAUGUAAUCUUCAUUAUAACAUAUGAAUUUAAGUUUACUGUGAAUACUUUUUAUACAUUUAACGUUUGAAUAUUCAAUGACAAUAAAUAUUUAGCAGUGUCUGUUAUCACGGAAUAACUCUAUUUAGAUUUUAUAUUAAUAUAACAAUCUAAUUAACAAUUAUUAAGAUUUUCUUUUAUUUAGCAACAAACAUCUUUCGGUCAAUGUGUCAAAUAAUUAAGAACAUUGCAUCACAUGUAACGUCAUAAGAAUAGUUUAUUAGUGCCCUAGUGACUUUAGGUUUACCCUCUGUCUGACCGACCGUCUUUACGUCCGACCGUCCACAAAAUGGGACAAUGCAAAAAAGUAUUGAAAAUAUGUUUAAGAAACUUGAAAUAUGGAUUGAUGACAAUAAGGAGAUUAUUCACGCCUUUAUUCCCUAUGUUGAAACAUUUGGUUGCUAUAGCAAGAAAUAGACUUGAAAUAUGGUAAAUAUAACACGAAAACUGGACCCUAUGAUAACGCAAAAAUUACUAACAAUGUUUAUAUGAAACGCGAUAGAAUGCAGCCUGGAAACUAUGCCCGCCUUUUUCUUUUUUUCCUAUGUUGAAAAAAUUGGUUUUAAUGGUAACAUAAAGUCUUAAAAUAUGGCACAUAUAACAAUAUGUGUGACAACUCAAAAGUACUAAAAUAUUUUUAUGAGACAUAUUGCAAUAUGGAGAUUGUACAUGUCGAGGUUCACAAAUCUUACACCAAAAUUAUUAGAGUUAGCACAUUGAAUAUUGAAUUUUCAUGAAAAAUAUUUUAUUUUUUAUUUACUUCUUUAUUUCAUCAUAUAUGUACUCUAAACUUGAUAUAUAUGUUUCUUAUCACCACCCACAUUAUGCAUAACAAGGUUUAUAAUUCUACAUCAUAUAUUAUCAGAAUUGUCAUCUUCAAACUCAAAAUUAAAUGAAAUAAUUAUUUAAUCUAUUUUAAACUUCCAAUAUAUGUUCCUUAUUAUCACUCAAAUCAUGUGGGAGAAGAUUGAAUACUCUAGCUUGACUAUUUUCUAAAUUAUGUCCCCUUGAACGUAGAUUUUUUUUCUAGAAAAUAUUAUUUUGUCUUACAGAAUUUACUUCAAACGUCAAACUCCCACGACAAGAUUUAUAAAUUUACUGUCCAUAUUUCCAGAAUUAUCUUCCCGGUAAACUUCCCUCUUUCCCUCUUUAUUCUAUAAAUCGUAUUUCUUCAGUUCAAAUAAUGUGUCCUAUAAACACUUGCAUCAUAUUUGAAUAGAUUUUUAAGUCUAGCAGCCUCGUUUCCAUGAAUACAUUUUGAACUAAGAAUUUACUUAAAUUGUUACAUAUCUUUUUUGUAUUUUCUUAUUUGGUACUUAAAAUUGUAUAUAUAUGAAAAUUGUAUUUUUUUCUCUACUACAGAUGUUAUAUACUUUAGACUAAAGAUAAUUGUUCUUUGUUACCACUCACAUCAUGAUUGACAAUGGUCAUAAGCCUAGCAUUUUAUUUCCAGAGUUAUCUGCUCUUAUGUUUAAGUCGUCUGUCUUUAUGACUAUCCAUGUCUGACAAACUGUUUCCCGAGAUUACUUUUAAAGACAUGGCAACUU